CUAAAAAAAUACCCCAACAACACCAUCACAUUCUCCCCGACAACAACAACAACCUAACCUCAACCUCCUGGACACAAUUAUUUUCAAUUAUAUAAUAAUAAUAAUAUUCAUCACCUAUUAUUAUCACAUAUCACCAUCACUACCAUCCACACACACACCUACUCUCUCUUUGUAAAUGACAGAUCAAAUCAAGGCUGCACCUGCAGAUAAUACUACAGCUACAACAGUCAAGCCUAAUCAUGAAUUCUUUAAAAAAGCCAAACAAGAAAAGGAAGAAAUACUCAAAUCAGGUUAUAGUACAUCUAAAAGAAUGAUGGAAAUAUUCUUUAUUACAUUAUAUUAUUUAAUAUUAUUACCUUUAAAUUUAUAUCAAUCUGUUAAAUUAGCCUAUAUUAGUGAAGUUAAUAUUAUUCAAUUAGGAUAUCAAGUAAUUAUUGGUAUUUUUCUUGGUAUGUUAACAGCAGAUUUUAUUAGUGGUAUUGUUCAUUGGAUUGCUGAUACUUGGGGUACACUUGAUGCACCAUUGGUGGGUCAAACAUUUAUUAGAUCAUUCCGUGAACAUCAUAUUGCUCCUAGUGCAAUGUGUAAACAUGAUUUUAUUGAAACUAAUGGUGAUAAUGCAUUGGUUUCUUGUAUGUUAGGUGCAAUUCCAUUAAUUUCAUAUUCAAAUGAUUUAUUCUUUACUUUAUAUUAUACUUUCUUAGCUUUAAUGAUUGCUUUUACUAAUCAAAUUCAUAAAUGGUCACAUCAAUACCAAGUACCAACUAUUGUAAAGAUUUUACAAUCAAGUGGUAUUCUGUUAAGUAGAUCUUCACAUAAUUAUCAUCACAAAUCACCAUUUGAUACUUAUUAUUGUAUUACAACUGGUUGGUUGAAUUAUCCACUUCACUCCAUUAACUUUUGGAGAAGUAUGGAAUUUAUUGUUACAAAAUUAACUGGUUAUUUACCACGUUCAGAUGAUUUGAAAUGGACUGAUCAUUUAAAUUAUUUAAAAGAAGAAAAUGAAGAAAAGGAAGAGUAAAACUAGUUGAGCGGGAACAAUACGUUUGAAAAAGAGAGUAUGUUUCUUGUUAUUGGUAGUAGACGACUCUUCAAUGUAUAACAAAAUAAAAAAGAUGAUAAAUUGUUUAUCAUCAUUGAAA